CCUUGCUUCUCUCCCUCCCGCUAUCAUGAGCUCUGAGAACCGUAAACUUCACUUUGAUACUCUACAGCUUCAUGCUGGACAGGAACCUGAUGCCUCAACCAACGCACGCGCUGUUCCUAUUUAUGCUUCGUCGUCCUUUGUUUUCAAUAACACGCAACAUGGAGCUGACUUAUUCGCGCUCAGAGCAUUUGGCAACAUCUAUUCUCGUAUUGGAAAUCCUACCAAUGACGUCUUCGAGAAGCGAAUGGCUGCUUUAGAAGGUGGUGCCGCUGCGAUUGCUUCUAGCUCUGGACAGUCUGCUCAAUACUUGACGAUUGCCACCUUGGCUAAAGCUGGAGACAAUAUAGUGUCCAGCGCAACGUUGUACGGUGGAACAUACAACCAAUUUAAGGUUUUAUUACCGCGUUUCGGAAUCACCACCAAGUUUACCAAUUCAAAUGAACCAGAAGAGUUCGCAAAGCUCAUCGACGACAAAACCAAGGCUGUGUACAUCGAGAGUAUUGGUAAUCCUGGCUACUCUGUCCCAGAUAUCGAGGCUAUUGCAAAGGUAGCUCACGCCGCAGGCGUUCCACUUGUUGUUGACAACACGUUCGGUAUUGGUGGUUAUCUUGUUCGUCCCAUCGAACAUGGUGCUGACAUUGUUGUACACUCUGCAACCAAAUGGAUUGGCGGUCACGGUACUACCAUUGGAGGCGUUAUUAUUGACGCUGGCAACUUUAACUGGAAUAAUGGUCGAUUCCCAGACUUUACUGAGCCAUCAGAAGGAUAUCAUGGGCUGAAGUUUUACGAGACUUUCGGAAAUCUCGCUUUUGCAAUCAAACUGCGGGUCGAAACCCUUCGUGACCUUGGUGCCAACCAAAAUCCUUUUGGUGCUUUCUUGUUACUGCAAGGUUUGGAGACGCUCUCGCUUCGUGGCCAGCGUCACGUAGAGAACACGUUGAAGGUAGCCAAGUGGUUGGAACAACAGCCUCAAGUGAAGUGGGUCAGCUACCCUGGUUUGGAAAGUCAUCCAUCUCACCAGCUUGCCAAGAAGUAUUUGAAGCAUGGAUUCGGUGGUGUGUUGUCCUUUGGAAUUGAAGGAAACGUGGCUAAUUUCAUCGACAACGUCAAGCUUGCCUCUCACCUCGCCAACGUUGGUGAUGCUAAAACUCUAGUCAUUGCCCCCGCACUCACAACUCAUCAACAGUUGACUGAUAUCGAGCAGACGGCUAGUGGUGUCACCAAAGAUGCUAUUCGAGUCUCUGUUGGUAUUGAGCACAUCGAUGACAUUAUUUAUGACUUUGAGCAGGCACUUAAAGCUUCAGAAAGAACUGUUGAUAAGCUGCUCGAGAAAGUAAACAUCUCCAACUAAACUCUUAAUUGAUGGUUGUCCACUUAAUAAAUGCCAGGGCAUGAUUUAUGUUCGUAGGGUAUUAUAGGAAAAAUGACAUUUGGGA